UGGCUCGUCGUCGAUCUGCUCGAAUUUCUGAAUAUUGUUUAAAAACAUGGUAACGUGGUACGUGUCCUUUCGUGUAAGAUCUGUGCUGGCAAAUAUGGGAAACUGCACUUAGUUGCAGGGCGACAAUAACUAUAUUUAACAAUAACUAUAUAGCGCGCAAUUGUUGGUAUGCGUUUACAUUCCAUUUGUUGUGUUUUGUUGCAUUUGUCCAGUUGUACCUCUGACAUACUGAAUUUAAAUUUCGAAUUACGGGAAUAGCUUGAUCGUGGGCUGGGAUGUGUUAAUAUUUACCCCGUAUGAAGUGCAUGGCGGGUCUAUGCCCUUGGAUACUUUGUAAUGUGAGACCUGGCCGCGAUCACGCAGAGGAGCGAAGGUGACUUUGCAGUGAAUCACCAUGCGCGGCCGCGCUUACGCCGGGGGGGGCACGGUUCGGCAACUUUCGACUUCCCUCGGGGGUUCUCGGCUCGCCUGGUUGCCCUUCGGCACAGCCUUUAAGGAAAAAGGCGCUGUUUACUAAAACAGCUGCCAACACCGAUAUCGAGGUUCGCCUGGAGGAUUGACAGUGACACAAAGCCGCCAGCGCACUCAUGUUACUACAAUUAUAAUACAUACAGGCAUGGGUACGCGUGUGCACGUGAGCUGUCACGGCAGGGGUGUGUUUCUGCAUACGUGUGCCGGCCGCUGAUGUAGCCCAGUGACUGAAUCCGGCGGAAAGCAGCCGCAGGACUCGGGGAGACGCGGAGCAGCCCGGGUCUCCGCACACACCCACGGAGUGGCGCUCAGUUGCCGCUGUCCGCACGCUCCCAGUCCAGUGUGCUUGUCUUACUUCCGUACGAGCUGCUCUCAGGGAUCAACAUGGCUCACGUCGGGAACGGAGCCGGCAGUCUGGACGAUGAGGAUCAAUUUGAAGAUGCCUUCGACAGGAUUCCUGUGGCGUCUAAGAUGGACCUAAAGACGUCUCUGGAAGAAUGUGCCAUUGCACUGAACCUCGUCCUGAACAACAAGUUUUCUGAGGCUCUCGACCUUCUCAAGCCUUGGGCCAGGGAGAGCAUGUACCAUGCGCUGGGAUACAGCAGCAUCCUGGUCAUGCAGGCGGCCAUGACAUUCGAGCACAAGGACAUCCAGGCAGCCAUGGGCACCAUCAAGGAGGCGCUGCAGACCUGCCAGAGGUUUCGGAAACGGAACACUGUUGUGGAGUCGAUAUCCAGCCUGGUCUCCAAGCAGGCGGACUCCCUGAGGGAAGAGGAAAUGCACGCUGAGAUCUGCUAUGCCGAGUGCCUGCUGCAGAAAGCCACGCUGACCUUCGUGCAGGAUGAAAACAUGAUCAGCUUCAUCAAGGGUGGGAUCAAGGUCCGGACCAGUUACCAGAUCUACAAGGAGUGCCAGCAUGUGCUGAACAUGACGCAAUAUGUCGCCAGCAACAGCGACGCCUUCCACCAGUUCGAGGGAGGCGUGAAGCUGGGGAUUGGCUCGUUUAAUUUGAUGCUGUCACUCCUUCCUGCCCGGAUCCUGCGUCUUCUGGAAUUUAUUGGCUUUUCAGGAAACCGGGACUUCGGCCUUUCCCAGCUGCGGGAGGGAGCUGCCAGUCACAGCUUGCGCUCCAUCCUUUGUGUCCUGACGUUGCUGCUGUACCACACCUAUGUCACCCUAAUCCUGGGGGCCGGAGAAGGAGACCUGGUGGAAGCAGAGGCCCUUCUGGAACCCUACCAGGAGAAGUUCCCCAAUGGAUCCAUUAUCUUGUUUUACACGGCGAGGAUUGCGCUGCUGAAGGGGAACUUUGAGAAGGCUCAGCUGACGUUCCAGCAGUGCAUCGCCUCCCAGCACGAGUGGAAGCAGAUUCACCACGUGUGUUACUGGGAGCUGAUGUGGGCUCACUGCUUCCAGCAGGAGUGGCUGCAGGCCUACCGCUACGCUGAUCUGCUCUGGAGGGAGAGCCGCUGGUCCAAGGCCAUCUACAUGUACCAGAAGGCUGCCAUCCUCAGCAUGAUGCCCGAGGAGGACGUGAAGAACACAGGCGAGAACGUGGGGGAGCUCUUCAGGCAGGUGGAGGGACUAAAGCAGCGCCUGGCCGGGAAGUCCAUCCCAACGGAGAAGUUUGCCGUGAGGAAGUCACGCCGGUAUUCCUGCUCCACACCCGUGAAGCUGGUGGUGCCGGCGCUGGAAAUGAUGUAUGUGUGGAACGGCUUCACUAUCGUCGGCAAGAGAGCCGAUGCCACCGAGGGCCUGCUGAUCACGAUCGAGAAGGCAGAGGAGCAGCUCAGUAAUGACCCCAGGCCCUCCGAGUACCACCCCGAUGACCAGUGCCUUGUCCAGAUGUUGAAGGGCCUCUGUCUGAAACAUCUGGGCCGUCUUCUGCAAGCGGAGCUGUGCUUCACACAAGUCCUUUCAAUUGAGAAAAGGAUAAGAUAUGACCAUUACUUGGUGCCAUACACACUGUAUGAACUAGGACUGCUGUAUAAACAGCAAGGAGAUGUUGCGAAGGCAAUACGCCACAUAGAGAACGCAAAGCUGAACUACAAGGACUACUCCAUGGAGUCACGCUUACACUUCCGGAUACACGCUGCUCUCAGUAACCUGAAGGGGUCGCCGGUCAACACCCCUUAACCAGAAUUAACCGGGGGGGGGGACCUUCGUGUUUUGGGACUUAACACCCCAUGUAUUCCAGUUAGUUUCCCAAAACGUGGAGACAGUAAUGAUUUAUUUUUGUUGUUGCAUUUUUUCUGAGAAUAAAGGUAAGCUAUACAUAAUGCAAAUGAUGUUUAGGAUAGCAGAGUAUUCAACAUGCAGUUGCUGUUUUUGCCACAGAACAUGCAUCAUACAUCAGCCAUGCUUAUUUACACUACGACGUUAUGAAACUACAUUGCGUGGAGCACAGAAAGAAAGAUGGGAAAGAAA